CGGCUCGAGCUCUCCGGUUGCAUUUCUUUCCACCGAGUUGGAGUUGGUGAAGUUUUGGAGGAGCUCGGGUUCGAGGUGUUUCUUACAAAUCGGAGUACUUUGCCUAAAAAAGUGGACGGAUUUGAGAGUUGUGUCCAGUCUGGGGUUCAAAACGGGAAAGGGGGUAUUUUAUUGGACUUCAAAGAGAAGACGCGCGAGCGGAGUGGGCAUGUAGCGCGUGCACAACACGCUUUCUGAUCCCGGUUCCUGUCUGCCCACUGGCUUGCUCCCGGAAUGGGACAGCAUCCUCCCAGAGUGCUCUUCUUCACUGGGGGGUGUGGCCAUCCCCGGCUGGGGCAGGCAGCCUAGGCCACCGUGCUGUGACCUUUUGCCCCCAGUGAUCCAGGUUUGACCCUGUGCAGCCAUGCCCUUCAGGCUGCCCAAACUGCCUCGUACGAGGCGCUACAACGUGCUGAGCAAGAACUGCUUCGUGAUUCGGAUCCGCCUGCUGGACGGUCACCUGAUCGAGUGCACGCUGUCCGUGGAGGGCACGGGCCAGGAGUGUUUAGAGGCAGUCGCUCAACGCCUCGAGCUCAGAGAGACUCAUUAUUUUGGACUGUGGUUCCAGUCUAAAGCUCAGGUACAGAGAUGGGUGGAGUUGGAAAAGCCACUUAAGAAGCAGUUGGAUAAGUUUGGUAAUGAGCCCAUGCUGUUCUUCGGGGUGAUGUUCUACGUACCCAGUGUCUCCCGCUUAGAACAGGAGGUCACCAGGUAUCAGUACUACCUGCAGGUAAAGAAGGAGGUACUUGACGGGCGUAUUCAUUGCACUGUGGAGCAGGGCAUCCGACUCGCCGGCCUUGCUGUCCAAGCCGACUUUGGAGAUUUCACUCAGUAUCUGUCUCAGGACUUCCUCAGUGAAUAUGUGCUGUUCCCAGUGACCUGGCCACAUGCUGACGAGGAGUGGACUCAGAAGGUGGCCGAAGAACACAAGAAUCAUUGUCAGAUGCAGGCAGCAGAAGCAGAGCUGCUCUAUAUUAAAGAGGUGGAGAAACUAGAUGGAUUUGGACAGGAAAGCUUUGCUGCUAAAGACAACUACACUAAUGCCAUUUUCAUUGGCGUGUCGUUUAUCGGCAUCUUCGGCAAGCACAGGAAUGGGAGAUCCAUCAUGCUUCACCGGUGGAAGGACAUCGGCACUAUCGGACACAACAAGUCUGCUAUCACAGUGGAGAUAACCAGCAAAGACGACACCAUCAUGUUCCACAUGGAAGACAUGGAGAUGGCCAAAUACAUUGCUCGUCUCUUCACCGCCCGACACAAGUUUUAUAAACAGAACAAGAUCUGUAUAGAGCCGACUCAUUCUCCUGUCACUAUUAGGAGGAGACCCACCUGGAACAGGCCGCACAGACCCCAGUCCUGUAUUGCUCACCCUCAGUAUGCUGAUCACUAUCAGGAAACGCAGGGUUCUCAAGACAGUAUCUUCCAUGAUGACCCGUACUAUAAAUCAGAAACAAGCCUGGUAGAGUUUGGAUAUCGUAACGGUCUGGUUCCUAAUGGCAGCAUGUGCAGCAGUCCGAGUGUGAGCUCUCUGAACCGAUUGCAGACAUUUGUACAUUCCUCAAGCCUCAGCAUCCCCGGGAGUGAGCUCAUGCGUCCAGACUACAUCCCGAACCAGCGGCACUCGGCUGUCAUCCCACCGUCCUACCGGCCCACACCUGAAUAUGAAGCUGUAAUGCGGCAAAAGCGCUGCCUUCUGCCAGCUACACCCUCUGGAACCUGCCACAGCCAGUCACUGCGCAGCCUCAAUAUCAGCAACACCUACAUUUACAGACAAGCCGAGGAGCUGGUGUACAGCCAGCCGGAGAUGCGUGACCACGGGCCCUACCACGCACUUUAUGGCGGGGUCGGAAGCCUUCAGCCUGUUUAUGGCCACCAUACUGGACCCUCCCCACCUCAUUUGGGUCAGGUUGUUCAUUCUGCAACAUCCCAGCCACAAUAUGCUGCUGCUAAUGGCAUCUCGCAUACGGUCAGCACGCCAGAGCUGGCCAACACUAAACAGCAAGUGGUUAACAGGCCAACCCAUGUGCUCAGGAACCACCCAACCAGGCCACCGCCCCCUUACUCAGCAACCUUCAGACCAGCUACCAGUACACCGGACCUUGCAAGCCACCGACAGCGCUGCAUCGGAGGAUCCAGUCCUGAACUGGUGCCGCGUAAAGUCCAGCUGUCCGUGAAAACCUUCCAGCCGGACAGCUCAGCUGUAGUGCACCAAUCGCCGCAGGAAGUGAGCGCUCCGUUAACGGCCAUGAAGCAUCGGUCCACGCUCGCCAAACGCCACAGCAUGGAAGUCGCAAUGAUCCUUAAGGGAGCUAAUGUCGCCCCUCAGCCCCGCAGGAACACUCUACGUGAGCAAGUCCCACCCCUGAUCCCUCCACAGCAGACGCAGGGCCUGCCUCCUCCACCACCUCAGCUAAAUGAGGUGCAAAUGCCAGCCCAGAAAUCCUCCCCGCCCGAGCCGACGUACCAGCAUCAAAAAACGCUCUCUAAUGUCACCAUGCUGAUCCACAGCAGCGAGAGUGAAGAGGAGGAAGAGGAGGAAUAUGCACCUGAGCUGGAUGUUCAUAUUCCAGGGCUGAAUGAGGACAUCAAUGCCCAACUGCAGGCUGCACUCGCUAACAUCCCCAACAAACCACCGCCGGAAUAUCCGGGACCACAGAGCAGUGGCAGUAGUGUUGCACUUCGACAACACCAUCAGGAUCAGAGCCACAGUUCCAUAGACGUGGCCCAUGCUCAGGCUCAGCUCGAUGCCCAGGCUGGAGGUCACCGUGGCAGGCAGAGUCCGAGUCGUACGGACCAGGUGGGAUUGAGCGGGGUGACUCUUGGACCAUCCAUCUCGGAACCAGACCUGAGCAGCGUGAAGGAGAGAGUGAGGAAAGAGCCGGUGAAGGAGAGGCCGGUUUCUGAGAUGUUCGCCAUCGAGGACAGCAUUGUGGAGAGAGAGAUCGCACAGAGGACUUUAGAGAGGCAGAAGAUGUCGGUGGACUCAGUGAAGAGACCUUUGAUGAUGGCUACUCUGAACGGGCUCUACGUGUCCCACAUGACCGUCCCGGAAAAUCCACGAGAGGACGUCUCCAGCAAUUCCAGUACAGACGACAUGUGUAAGCUUUUAGAGCUAAAAUUAGAGGAGGAGCGACUUUUCAGAGAGUUCGACCAGAUCUCCAAAAAGAGACCAGACUGUAACCUCACGACAGCCACCCUCCCCGAAAACACUGAGAGGAACCGGUUCCGUGAUGUGGUUCCGUACGAGGAGAACCGUGUGGAACUUGUACCCAACAAAGAGAACAACACAGGCUAUAUCAAUGCCUCCCAGAUCAAGAUGGUGAUCAGAGGUGAAGAGUGGCAUUACAUUGCGACACAGGGUCCUCUUCCCAACACUUGCCAUGACUUCUGGCAGAUGGUUUGGGAGCAGGGAGUCAAUGUUAUCGCCAUGGUUACAGCAGAGGAGGAGGGAGGUCGAUCUAAGAGUCACAGAUACUGGCCUAAACUGGGCUCCAAACACAACUCGGCAACCCACGGCAAGUUCAAAGUCACCACCAAGUUCCGCACAGACUCAGGCUGCUACGCUACCACAGGGUUAAAGGUCAAGCACCUAAUGUCCGGCCAGGAACGCACCGUGUGGCACCUGCAAUACACCGACUGGCCCGAGCACGGCUGCCCCGAAUAUGUGCAGGGCUUCCUUUCGUACCUGGAGGAGAUCCAGUCUGUUCGUCGUCACACUAACAGCAUGUUGGACACAUCAAAGAAUCCAAACCCACCGGUGGUGAUUCACUGCAGCGCCGGAGUUGGUCGCACCGGAGUCGUGAUUCUCACCGAGCUCAUGAUCAGCUGCCUGGAACAUAAUGAGAGGGUGGAGGUUCCAGUGAUGCUGAGUCAGUUGAGACAGCAGAGGAUGUUGAUGGUCCAGACCAUAACACAAUACAAGUUUGUGUAUCAGGUUCUGAUCCAAUUCCUCAAGAACACCAGGCUCAUCUGAGUCUGACUUUGUGUAUAUUAAGUGUUUAUAAGUAAGUUUGUAUGUGUGUGUGUGUGUGUGUGUGUGUGUGUGUGUGUGUACACACAUCUGGAUUUUUGCCCCUUUAAGGUUACACUUAACCAAAACAUUUAUAUAGGUUGUUGGGUGUUUGGGAACCAGACAGAUACACACACCGUUCACUGCCAACCACUGUAACAAUAGUGCCAACUACACACUAUACAAUGCAAAAUACACAGCUUAGCUGCUUGCAGCUGUCAUUAUGUGAUCAUAGUGUGAACUAGACAAUCAGUCACUGAUGAGGGGUUUUACUACACAAUCAGUCAGUGACACAAAUCUUCUACUCAAAAAUGUUAGCGCUUGAUUUGUAACAGCAGACAUAUUGCAGGAACAAAAAAACAGCUAUGAGAUACGACAGGACAUACCGACUUUUGUGGCACUGUGAAGGUCCGAACACAUAGUCUACAGAAUAAUGAAAAUCAGGACCUAAAAGUAUGGUAACGGUUUUACUGUCUGCAUGCAGCAAUUCAACUUGAAAUCUUUAGGGAUAAUAAGUAAAAUCACAGCAUCAGGCUACAUAUGGAGUGAAAGAGAAGCUGCUUCAGCUAAAUAGCUAAAGAGCUGUGUUUCAAACUGCACAAGUCUACGAGCAUUUUAAUGCUGAAAGAUGUGCUUGCACUCUUUGAUGUGCUUCUUAAAAUGGCAAUUAAUGUUACAGUUUAAUGCAAAUGUUUGACCAACCCAGUCAGAUUCAUGGUAUGUUGAUUUUUUUAACUAAUACAUGUCCAGUUUUGUCCGUUAUGUGCCCAGCCAGGCUAGUCGCACCAUCAAAUUCAUACUUAAGAGGGUUAAGUCUUAGUUGUUGGUGCUGCGCCACCCAAGUGCCAGUAAUAAAACACAUUUAAUAGAAGCUCAAAAAUAUUUUAAUAAGCAUUAUGAAGAACAAGAGUGAAUUGAGGAAAGUAAAAUUGAGAUUAAGACUGUUACUGCUUUACUGGAGUGCAGCAAUAACUGACUGUCAGGGUUUAUUUUACAUUUUAUUUAUUAUUCUCUUUUCUUUUUUCCUUUAUAAGACUUUUUAUUUCCAACUGUAAAAAAAAGUCAGUCAAAGCUACCACAGUUACUUCCUUUCACUUCCCUCAGUUAACACUCUAUGUGCAGCUCAGUCUAAGCUAAUACAUUUUCUUGGUUUGAACAUGGUUUGAAGUUUGCAGAUGUUUAACAUCCAUAUUGUCACACUACAUAUAUAAAAUGCAAGAUUUUUCUGUCAUUUCUGGCCGGUGAGAUGAGGCUGAACACUUUUCUUUAUAAGCUUAAGUUUGAUUCACACCACUCUUAUCAGCUUUUAAUUAAUGAAAUAAUGUUUAUAUAUGCUAAGUAAUAAUUUUAUUCACGUGAUUACACAGUGGUUUAUAGCUCAUCUAAGCUGAUAAAACAAAACUGAUUUAAGCUUUAAAAACAUUAAACUAAAAGUGUUUUUUUGUCUUUUAUUUUUUCCGUUAGAUUUCUUCUAUUUUUUAUUUUUUUCU